ACCGCCAUUUUCGACGGCGAUAUUUGGCAGGAUUCCGUCAGUUAAAAUAUCCCCAGUGUGAUUAUCGGAAAAGUUGACGAUCAAUUUAGGUUUCACGCGCACUGCUCCGAGUCUGCCAAAAUGCCUCGAGAAAUAAUAAGUUUGCAACUUGGACAGUGCGGUAAUCAAAUUGGAAUGGAGUUUUGGAAACAGCUUUGUGCAGAGCAUGGCAUAAGUCCAGAGGGUAUUUUAGAAGAAUAUGCAACAGAAAGUACAGACAGAAAAGAUGUGUUCUUUUACCAGGCUGAUGAUGAGCACUACAUUCCCAGAGCAGUAUUGUUGGACCUGGAGCCCAGGGUGAUCAAUACCAUCAUGAACUCUCCCUACUCCAACCUUUACAACCCAGAGAAUGUGUUUACUGCCAAACAUGGAGGAGGGGCAGGCAAUAACUGGGCUAGUGGAUUUGCUCAGGGUGAGAAACUGUAUGAAGAAGUGUUUGACAUCAUUGACAGAGAAGCUGAUGGCAGUGACAGCUUAGAGGGUUUCAUCCUGUGUCAUUCCAUUGCUGGAGGUACUGGGUCUGGCAUGGGAUCAUAUCUGUUGGAGAGACUUAACGACAG